AAUGACAGCACAGAUGUGCAACUAAACAUGCUUGUAUGUUGAAAAUAUGUUAAAUCCGUAGCCAGCGCCGGAGAAGUUUCUUUCGUAGUCUUCAACCCAAUUAAUUUGAAAACAAUACCGAAAUGAGCUCUGCUCUUUUUUUCCGCUUCAAGCUAGUUCUGCAGCAUCUGGAACAACUUUUGCCUGGUUUAUUGGGUCGUUUUCCACCGCCAGGUUCUAUGGCCCUAAUCGGUAUAGAAGGAAACAAGCUACCGGUACCGGAUAGUAAAGCAUUUAAUUUGAAAGAUUUGAUUGGCAACGGGAUUUUAUGGGCCGUACCCAAACACCGUCGGACGGUCGAAAAACGGUUAAAGCGAAAGUACGGAAGUCCAGAAUACAAGCUGAAAAUCUUUGUUCCCAAAAAGCAUUUACGCAUUUGUCAUACCUGCGGCGGUGAUCAGGAGGUUGGUGUAUUGUGCCCGAACUGCUACAAAAAGGUGCGUCAGGAAACGGAACUGAUUCAGGAGAAAAUUCAGGCGCAGCUUGGUUUGGAUCCUGUUGACAAAGAAGUUGUCGUUUUAUACGACCGAGAGCGAGAUGAUCAGCCUGAAGAAUUUUGGAUGGGCAAGCGAAUCGUUGAAAUGGAGAAAACUCGACCGACUUGGUUCGGCAAAAAUUUACUACAACGCAGUACAGAACAGCAGACGGAAGAAAUCAAACCUGAUGUGGAAAAAUUGGGCUAAAAUAUAUAAUUAUUAGCUAAAUAGAACAAUAGCAUCUAGCUUUAUUUACAA